AUGGUCCGAGCUCCCGACUACUACCAUACGCGUUGUCCUGUUAUCCGCUCCUUCGAGUUUGCUUUAGCUGAUGGAGCAUUGCUUGCGACUAGAGGCGCACAACCACUACGGGGCAGUUAUACGGAACGAUUCUGGAGAUUAAAUGAGGAAGUUCGAGCUGCGCGCGGUUCUCAGGAACACUGGGCUCGAAUCCUCGUCUUGUUUGACGUCAAGAGUUCUAUAUCAGGUUUCGCUGAGGACCAAAUUUACAUCACGUCAACUAAGCAGCAAGCUCGAAUAGGAAUAUACAUCGCAACGUGCGCAGCUAAUCCAAAUUUUGUCGAGAUUAUCCCCAAUCGAUUUUCGAACAGCAGCUUAGCAACGCAGCCCAAUCGAAAAGUGGCUGUCAAUGCAUCUCGAAAAUCCAUCCUGCCACCAUCUGCCUACGGUUUUUUGAGCCCCUGUAAUAGCUGCUAUCGAAUGCCGCUUUCUUGCUUGCCUCAAGCUCUUGAAAACAUCCAACGUUGCGCCCGAGAUGAAACAGAUUAUAUAAACCCAUGGACUGGUGUUCGCUUCACUGGGUGGAGACCACAUGUAGAGCAUGGAAACGAAUUCCUGGCACCAACAGAGAACUCACAGCACUUUUCAUCGUACCAGGGCGUUCUAGAGGUGUGGAGAGGCUGUCUUGUAGCGCGCAUACGAGAUGCUAUUGACCUUGAUUUCGAACUCGUUAAUCUACAACCUCAGCUAGCCGACUUCAAGUUUCUGACCUCUGGUCUUUACAAGCGAACUCAACGUCGUCAACUUUUCGUUCAAUACAAGAUCGAUGGCCUGUAUCGGUCACCAGCAUCACCUCUAACAAAAGUGGCUAUUGGGCGCAAUCAGCGAGGUAGCCAAAUCCGUUAUUACUUUACUGACUAUGAGCGGUUUGAUUAUUUCUUCUACCAGUUUGACUUUGUAGACCAACAAAAGAGAGCCUGGACGAAUUUCUUCUUCCUUCCAGAGCGCGUAAUACCCGACGAAUUUUACACAACAAGUUCGAAAGAAGGAGAUUUCUCUGGAGAUACAUUCAAACCCUACUGGAUAGCUAUGGAUUCAGACGGUGCAUGGGUCAAGGCAGUUUAUGAGAUCAUCCAGCGAACUCCGGAGCCCCGCUUACCAGGAAAACGACCCCAUAGACCUUUAGGAAAAUCUUCUCAACCAGACACUAGAAUGAACGCAUCGACUAUACGACAACCGUCGCUUCUUCAAACGGAGGUUUUCUUUGGAAACGUCUUCUUUACGGUCAUGGAUCAAUGUGCGGCUCGGCGGUCAGGGUUAGUAAUCGUGUUAUCAGCGGUGCAUCCUAUGGGUGAUCUUGCAUAUUGCCGAUACAAUUGGACCAAACAGGAACAGGAGGCAUUCAUAAUGCACAAAAAGGUCCCUUGUACUAUCACUGAGCUUCCCCGGGAAACUGCGGUUGUACCGUUCUUCUUAUACACUAGAAAGCGGGAAAGCACAUCACGUGGGCCAACGCUUUCAACUUCAGAACUUCAGAGGCUCAACAUAUGCCCCCAGGGCCGAUUACUCAUCUUUGAUGUUUUCGGACAGGAUGGUUCUGGAAUGUAUAGUCCGUUACUCGUCGUGCCCUCUGACGACAUUAGACCCACGGCAGACCACUUUGCUAUCUAUGAUUCUAACAGUGGCAAGAACAAACAUGAAGAGUUCGAGGAAAGAGUUCCUUUGCUUGCAGAACUUCUACAAUCGGGUAUGAGCCCUAUAGAUUACGCCAUCUCAACGACUGGGCCAAACGUUUUUGAGAGUGGUCCUGAUGCAUGGACAGAAUUGUGGACUUUGCUCAAUCGUCUCACGGGUCUUGAAGAGUUUGCUAUCCCUAAGCAUUCUUCCAUCAGGCAUUUCAAAGAAAUUGGAAACGAUGAAGAUAGUGACGACGAAUCAUAG